ACAAUCUUUACUGGUUAGGUAUUAUGAUGAAGAAAAGGGAGGCUGUUUGAACUGUUCAAGAUGCUGUGGUGAUCAUGCAGAUUUGGUGGUAGCUGAGUGCAGAGAGAAGUUGGGAGCUGGCUCAAGUAUGAUCUGUUCAUUCAACAGUAGUGUAAACCGCUGUUACAAAACAUCUCAGCCAACGCACACUACCAUCCAAAACAGCCUGACCCAGCCGACACCCACGGCCAUCCUUGUUAGCCUCUCGCCCCCCAGGGUAGAUGAUCCUUCCAAACGGAAAUUCCCUUGGAUAGUCUUCGGGGUUAGCGUAUCAAGUUCACUUGUUCUGUCGUUUGUGCUUACCGUUGUUUGGAAAUUGUUUAAGAGACUGGCAAAGUUUCAGAAGAGCUCUAAUCGUACUUCUGAAAAGGUAACGACUUGUGAGCUACCGUUAAAAGACCUGGUGGAGGAAUUAUCGUUAAUAGUGCAGGAUACAUCGCCUGAAAGAACAACGCUUGCUGAUUCCAAGCCUCUAAGAGACUUAUUAAACUCUAGUGAACUGGAAGAAAUCUGCGAACUUUUAGACGCACCCGUCUGUGGAAAACUUCCCUAUGAGGCAAUUUCUCGUUGGUAUGGUGCCAGCCACACCAGAAUAAAACCGAGGUUUCAGGAGGGAAAAUCAGAAGCAGUAAUUGCAUGGUUGGUGGCUGAAAAGCCAGAACUGACGGUUGGGGAGUUUGCUACUGUGGUGAAGGAUAAAGCAAGGAGAACUGAUGCUGCUGAUAAGUUAAAAGCAUUUGAUGCAAAGGCCACAAUAGAACUGACAUGUGAGAUGCAUAUUUAGUUGCUAUUUGAUAUAUCUUAACUGAAUAUUUCAUCGUAAAAUUUCUUUGAGUUUCAUUGGGAUCAAGUUGAAAAUGCCCACGUGAGGGUGUUGGUAAUUCUAUUCCUCAUGAUCAGGACCUCUAUGUAUGCGCCCAUGCACUUACCUAACUGACAUUUUUGGCAGAAUAUAUUUUGCUUCCUUUUUGUAGGCAGAAUCUCCGCCUGGAUUUGAGCUCAGCUGAGAUUUGAUCAGUUACUUAAAGGAGCGCUCUUAUGAAACCGCCCUAUAAUUUGAAAACCCAAAAAACUCAGUUAUUUUAUUAUAAUAUGAAUUUUUAGCGAUUAGUAAAGCCUUUCAUUAGUAAUUUUUUAGUUGAAAGUCAAUUCUAGGGCGAGAAAUUCCGAUUUGAAACCGUUCCGCCAUCAAUUUUCGUAAUCACUUGCCAGACUCAAGAAGACUGGCGCGAGUUUGGAGCGUGACUUAGAUAACUCAUUUGACGC